GACCCACUUCAUUUCAUGUGUGAGUUCUACAAUGUCCUCCAAACGUUUCCACUCCACGGAUUGAAUGAGGACCAGCUGAAAAUGAGGUGUUUUCCGGAAACACUCAAGGAUCGGGCUAAGGCAUGGCUGAUGACACUUGCUCCAGACUCUCUUACCACUUGGGAGCAAGUGUAUACGAAGUUCAUCGGGAGGUAUUACUCCCACCAGAAAACUCAAGAGUUGCGGUCACAAAUCGUUUCUUUUGCCCAACAGCCGCACGAGCCACUUCACGAAGCGUGGGAACGCUUCAAGGACCUACAGAGGCAGUGCCCACAUCACAAUCUUCCUCUAGCCCUUUUGAUGAACGGCUUCUAUGAUUCUCUCCACCAGAACCUUCAAUACAUGGUGGACAAUGCAGCGGGUGGAGACAUUGGGGCGAGAACAGCGGAGGAGAUGAUGGAUAUCUUUGAGGCGUUGAGUUCUAGCUCGUCUCAAAAGAGCAGUCGAGGGAAAAGAGCAGUGGUGAAUGAAGCAUCUCCGAGGCAAGACAUGAUGGUCCACCAGAUAGCUGAGCUUACAGAACAAAUGCGGCUAAUGAAUGCUCGGACAAUGCAGCCAGUUCAGACUAUGGCAGUGGAUACUUGCGGGGCGUGUGGAGCCCAAGGGCACUGGUCAGAGGUGUGCCCAUCGGCAUUCGAUCAGGACCUUGGAGAGCAAUAUGUCGAC